AUGGUCUCUAGUACUACCAGGUAUGCAGCUGGACGAAAGCAAGAUGAGAGAGAGCAACUGGUCCAUGAGAUGGAGGAGAGAUUCGGUUUGUUGAGUGAACAUCCUGAGGAUAAAGUGAUUCUCAAUACAAGCCCAGAAUGUAUAGUAGCGAAUCUUAAAGGAUGGAAAGAUGGAUGGACUGCUGAGAGGGUUAUGAUGGCUUUUAUAAGAGCAGCUUGUGCAGCCCAAAGGAAAACAAAUUGUCUUACAGAAAUCAUGUUCGAACAAGCUCUACAAAAAGCUAAGAUCAUGGAUAAGGAAUACGCAGCUACAGGAAUUGCCGAAGGAGAUUUCUGGGGAUUACCAUCUAGUUUUAAAGAUACUUACAACAUUCUAGGUGUAGAUUCCUCACUUGGCUGUUCACAACACUGCUUCGUCCCCACCGAGAAAGAAGAGGACGAGGCGACACUCGUCAAGUUUUUUAGAUCUGCCGGCGGAAUUCCUUUUUGUAAGACCAAUAUACCUCAAACUCUCCUGGCUUUCGAAUGUCGAAAUCCGAUAUUUCUCACCACUACAAACCCUUACUCGUCAGAGAGGACGUGCGGCGGAAGUUCAGGUGGAGAAGCAGCUCUUAUAGCUCUUCAUGGUAGUCCAUUCGGUUGGGGAUCAGACAUCGGUGGAUCACUUCGGAUUCCAGCACAUUACAGUGGUAUAUGCGGCUUAAAGCCCGUUAGAGGUAGAUGGCCUAUACUAGGUCAAAGAAGUAGUACCAAAGGAUUUGAAGGGAUAAAAGGAAUGGUUGGACCAAUGGCUAGAACAGUUGAUGAUUUGAUUUUCGCUUCCAAGACAAUGAUCAACAUGACUCACUCAGUCGCGGAUCUGGGUUUCAACGGUGAAAUAUUCAUUCCUCUCCCAUGGAAAGAAGUUGAAUUGCCAAAGAAAUUGAGAGUUGGAUAUUGGACUCAAGAUCAUUUGAUAAAGACCAGUCCAGCAUGUGUCAGAGCGGUAGAGGAAUGUGUUAGGAAAUUGAAUGAUGCAGGACAUGAAGUGGUCAGAUUCGAACCUCCCGAUAUCGCCGAGGCUCUGAAAAUUUUCGCAGGAUUAACUUCAGCUGAAGGUUAUAAAUCGUUAUUGGGUAACAUUGGUUCUGACCCAAUGGAAUCAUCCAUGCGUCUCGUAACACUGGGUUCCAAAUUGCCUCGUUGGCUACAUUGGGUACUCUGCUGGGUGGUGGAAAACCUUUUCAAAGACCAUCUGUUCGCUUCAAUUUUUGCUACCUCGAGGCCUAAGAGCGUCCAGGAGCUCUGGCAAUUCACUGCCAGGCGGGACAUUUACGCUAAUGCGUUUAGGAAAUUAGUCUGGGAAGAUGAGGAAUUCGAUAUGCUUUUAUGUCCUGUUCAAGCUGUACCUGCCCUAGAGCACGGAACCACAAAACUGCUUUCUCCGUUAUCUGUCGCGACGAUCUUAUUCAAUGUAGUAGACUCCACUGUUGGAGUCAUACCUGUGACUCACGUCGACAAAAGCCUGGAUAUUCAUGCGUCGAAUUACCUGGAAAAUAGUCAAGGAUCAUGGAUCUUGGAGAAAAGGGUUUAUGAAAAUGGAGGAGCUUACGAUGCGGAGAAAAUGCACGGAUUACCCGUUGGUGUACAGAUUGUAGGGAAGCAGUGGGAGGAAGAGAAAGUGUUGAGCAUGAUGAAGGUUGUAGAAGAUUUGGUGAGAUAUGAAGCGUGA